AUGUCUGCGACACGAACACAUCUUCCGACACUCUUGCUCCUCCCUAGCCUGGGCAAGCCUGCGGAGUCGUCCAUCCCGCCAGAACGCCCCAUUAUCGCCCAAACUCUACUCGACAUCGCGCCGGAUCGCGAGGCCCUCUUUACUAGCGGGAAGAAUGUCGAAGAGAUUAGACAAACGCUGAAGAUACACAUGAAUGACGCAUACGGCCAUUGGUUGACCACGACGAAACGACGCCAAGGAACGAGAUACCGGGACCGUACUGCUAGAACCUCGAGGUUCCUUGACAAGGCCCCUCUUGCCAAUGGAAACCAAAUUCAAGACGAGAACGAAGCUCCCGAGGACGACGUGCAGAUUGUUCGACGCGUUUGUUCGGCUGGCGAUUUAGGCUCAUUCAUGAAUAGCAUCGACAACAAGCUCAAUAUCAACGUCUCUCCCGAAGGAAUCACGUUCGAUAUCUGGGGCGACCUUCGUUUGAGCUCCACCGAAAAAGUCAUCUCCCCCCGCCCCCUCGGGCCAACUCAUAUCCUCGUCGUUCACCAGGGGCCCCUUCAACGAACAGCUAGUAGAGCCCGCAAUAGUCAACGCGAAAGCGUUCCGGAUUCUUUGGAGCUUCCUAUAAACGAUCUUUUAUUCGUCCUCAAUGUCCCUAACCUCAGCCCUCCGAAUCGCUCUCUAAGCGAAGUUCCAGCUCGCAUUCUUCCUCAUCGGCUGCACAAGGAGCUCCCGCGCGUCUUAUUAUGCGUGCCCCACUUGUAUACUUUCCACGAACUCGUGGUCUACCUCCACACCAAAAACCAGGCUGCGUUAUUCCGCAAGAUCAUCCCCGAAUGGAUCAGGGAUCUCAUGCACCCCUUGCCAGUCGCCAUCCCCGUCUGCUCUUCAUCAAUCGCUCAGCGGAGUGAAUCUGGCAGCCUUACACCAGGCCUAAGCAUGUACCAACACGCGCCUCUAAGGAAACGCUCCACUCUCUUGAGCUUGUUUGACUCGUCGUCCCCCAUCGCCGAGGACGCCAAUUCCAGCGCAGAAAGCCUUCUCGGCCUCCCCUUGGCCAUGACUGCCUCGUUCAACGGGAGCUGCAGCAGUCUUAUUGACGCCGAUCGCUUGACGCUCUCCAUCGCCAAGGAAAUCGCAGAUAUUUCAAUGACCAAUUACGCCAACGACGACGUUCUUGUGCGUACGGUCUCUGGGCUGGAUGCGCUUAGCGAUAACUUGGAAUAUCUUGGGUACUUUGGGAAAAGCCUUUGGGGAGAACUCUUGACAUACAAGGAAAUUCUUGUCAGAGCGAUCGGGUACAAGUCGAGGCUGGACGCUGCUGUUGCUGCCGCCGAUUCUCCAUGA